AUGAUUAAUAAGACGUUAGCGGACAAAUUCAAUCAGAACAUAACGUCGAUACCUGAUGGCAGGGUUAGGAAGUGUUUUGAACUUUUAAGAGACAUGGUAUUUGAAGCAUUGGAUGUGAAGAACAUCAUGCAAUUUCAAGGGAUGGGGAGUCCAUAUUUGGUUGUUGAUUUUUUAGACAAACACGUGUUAACAGAGAAAGUCGAGACCGAGUUAGUGAAUGCUUAUAACAUCACACCGGAGCUGAUUGAUGAGUCAAAAAAGUUGAUUAAAUUAGUCGACGACGACAAAUCGAACAUUGACAAGAUCAAGAAGAUGUCUGAUGAAGAAUUUGAGUUUGUUAUCCGACACCACAGAGGUGAACCGAUCUUUGAUUAUGUUCUUCUGGCUUUCAAUAAUGGAGAGUUGACUGCCAAGAAGUCCAAUUUGGUUCGUCGUGUUCUUCACAUAGCGUCUGCUCAGAAAGAUAUAGUCUUAGGAUGUGGUUAUCAACUCUCGCGCACACAGACGUAUGAUUUAGUCGACCGUAUGUUAAAGACAUCAGAGAAGCGGUUAUCUUCCAAGAUUAAUAUGGUAAGAAAAGAGAAGGAGCGUAUCGGUGCCUUCAUCACAGAGCCACAAAUUGCUCAACUUGAAAAUUGGACGAAGAUGAAAGUUGGGACGGUAGUCUUUGAUUCCAAUAGUGAUGAUUGGGCAAAGUCCAGUAGUGUAUUUGGGCAACGAGUGUUGAAUAGAAAGAAUGUCGUCUUUGUCAUAAAAGAUACAAAGAACAAUGUCUUUGGUGGUUAUGUCAACCCUACAAUCGAGCGCUCGUGUAUUAUCGACGACUCUGACGCUUUUGUGUUCUCAUUAGAAUCAAAUGGGCGGGUAGCAGACAUGAAGAAAUUUGUGAUCAAGAAUGAGCGGAAGCGUGAUGCCUUUCGAUUGGGUUCAGAGACGUGGGAAUGGCUCUUUUGGAUGGGGUUCCGUGACAUCUUUAUAUGGAAGAAAGGGAGUGAAUACGAGAACUUUUGUGAACAACAGUCCUUCGAUUACGAAGGUAUACCUAAUGCCUUAUGUGGAGAGAGUAAUUUCUUGAUCUCACGUAUAAUAGCACUUCAGAUGAUAUAA